AUGAAUUUAGCAAAUCGCAUAGCCAAAGCUUCUCUCGAAAAGUUUGAUUCGUUACCGAAAAACGGAAAACCCAUUAAAAACGAAGAAUGGACAGUUUUAUCGACAAUUUGUCAGGAAAAUACUUCAACAGAUACGUUAAUCGUCGUUUCAUUAGGCACCGGAACAAAAUGUCUCACGGGACAAAAUUUAGCUGAACACAAAGGCACCAAGAUACACGAUAGUCACGCUGAAAUAAUAGCUCGUCGUGGCUUUUUGCGAUACAUUUACGAGCAAAUUGGACUACAUUUAAAUGGAAAAUCAGAAAUUUUCGAGAAAAACUUCACUUCUGAGCACAAAUUGAAACUGCGAGAUGACAUCAACUUUCAUUUCUUUACAACUCACUUGCCGUGUGGAGACGCCAGUAUCUCCGAACACACGGAACUCGGACCGCCAGAAGCUAAAAAGGCACGUCUUGAACAAAAAUCUGAAUUUGAAACAGAUUUUUAUACCGGUGCAAGAUUAAUUUCCACAGAAAUUGACGAUACAAUGUCACAAACUUCGGGAAUUCGCACGAAACCUGGCAGAGGAGUUCGAACUUUGAGUGUUUCUUGCAGCGAUAAACUUUUUAAAUGGAAUUUGAUGGGAGUGCAAGGUGCUUUGUUGAGUACUCUCAUCGAAAAUCCAAUUUAUUUCAAAUCUUUCACGCUAUUAGGAGGCAAUGAAGCAGCUGAAUCUUCGUUAAAACGAGCUUUAAUAGACAGAUAUGAAGAAAAAUCGAAAAUUAUGAAGCAUCCUUUUAAAUUUAACUCAAAUUUAGUCAUAAAUGUGUUACAGGAACAGAAAUUUGCCUUUGCCAAAGACGACGAGAGACGUCCUUGCCCUUCGAGCAUCGUUUGGUGCCUUUGUCAAGACCGCCCUCAUGAAGUUACAGUCGACGGAAGGAAAUUAGGAGUAACAAAAAAGACAAAAGGAGCCAAAAGUCGCCUCUUAAUAUCAAAAAUUGAAAUUUUACGAACAUUUUUGCGAAUUGUAAAUGACGAAAAAACAUUCAAAAGUGCCUUAUUUCCAGAUGAAAGUAACGAAAGUGACUUAUUAUCCAAAAUAACAUACGAGAAAGCAAAAAGUUGUGCGAAACUUUAUAACGAACAAUGGAAUCUUUUGGUGACGGAUUGCAUAAAACUCUGGACCAAAAAGCCAGAAAACCUUAAUUCAUUUCUUGUGAUCGAUUAA